AUGGUUGGUUAUGAAACGACUUCUACCGCUUUGGCUUGGAUGAUUCAUCUUAUAAGCAAAUAUCCACGAGUGCAGCAAAAGAUCAAAGCAGAAUUAAUAGACAAUAAUGCUCAAAAAGAUUUAUCUCUGGAACGUCUCGAUUCAUUGGUUUAUUUGGAUUGCGUUAUUAAUGAAGUACUUCGCUUUUCUCCGCCAGGCGAUGGUACAUUUCGCACAUUAACUGUGGACGAUCGUCUACCCGAGAGUGGUGCUCAACUAUUGGCAGGUGAUCAAGUGCUUAUUCCAUUUAUUAAUCUUUCACGAGACACUCGAUAUUGGUCAAUCGAUCCAGAACUAUUUUAUCCUGAAAGAUUUCUUGGUGAAGAUAAAAAUCAUCAUCCCUAUGCAUCGAUACCAUUCGGUAGUGGACAUCGUCAGUGUAUUGGACAAGAUUUGGCUCGAUUUGAACUCAAGGUAAUUACUGCGAGAUUGAUGCAAUAUGUAACAUUUGGUGAUGGUGGCCCACAAGUCAAUGUUGGUGGACAUAUUCAAAGUAUGACUAUCAUGCCUAAGCAUGUUGGUGUUACCAUCGAAUUUGAUCAAUAA